AGCUUCUGCAAGCAAGUCGACCGACAAGUACACGAAUUAAUCCAUGUGCGCUCCUCGAAAUGCACGUGACCCCACGCCUUGUCCGCCAUUUUAUCUUUCGAACGGGUCUUUCCCAAUUGCGAGUUCCGUUGCAGCAAUUACCACCCAGACCCCCACGUUAGAGGAUCUCGUACCGUACGCAAGUGACCCCGGCGAGCCUGCCCAGCUGUACCUCCUUCUCCCGUACAUACGUCUUUGCAAAGCGCCACCCAGGGCCUCUCUGAGCCAUGAUGGCAGGUCCAAACGGCUAUGACGACUACGAUUCGAAGCCUCUGAGGAGUACUCUUGGGGAAGCUGAGGAUGAAUAUGAGCGAGAGCGUCGCCGGGAGCGCAGAAGGGAGCGGGACCGGGGCGAAAAGAGACGGGAGAGGUCUCGGAGCCGCGAUCGUCGCUCUUCGCGCCGGGACGAUGAGCGCGACUACGACCGAGGGGAUCGUGGGGAUAGGGACGGCCGAAGGCAUCGGGAUAGUAGGGGAGACCGCGAGGACAGAAGGGGCAGUCGUGAUCGGGACCGUGAGAGGAGGAGGUCUCGCAGUCGGGAACACCGUUCGCGGAAAAGCACUCGUAGUCCUAGCCCGCGAGGAGGCAGCUCCCGUCGUCAUGCGAACGUGGAGCCGCUUCACUUGCGUCCGAAGAAACUCAACAACUGGGAUGUGCCCCCGGCUGCGUUCCCGGGUAUGUCGGCCGCCGAUGUGAAGAUGACCGGACACUUCCCACUUCCUGGACAACCUGGCCGGGUUGCCCCUGCUGCUUUCGGUGGAUUUGAGAUGUUUGGAAUGAAGAUGAGCCAAGGUGCCGCCGGACCGGUUGCCCAGAGUGCAAGUCUGGCCAGACAAGCCAGGCGGUUAUAUGUUGGCAAUAUUCCCUACGGCAUCCAAGAGGACACUCUGAUGGAAUUUUUCAACCAAACAAUGGCUCAACUGAAUAUCACUACCUCUGCGGGAAACCCUUGCAUCGCGGUGCAAAUUAAUCACGACAAAAACUAUGCCUUUAUUGAGUUCCGGUCAGCGGAGGAAGCCACUGCUGCAAUGGCAUUCGACGGUAUCACAUUCAGCGGACAAUCUCUCAAAAUCCGACGACCCAAAGACUAUCAGCCCCCAGCGGGAGCGUCCGGCACACCCCCUCCCAUCCACGUACCCGGUGUCGUGUCGACAAAUGUACCUGAUUCCCCGAACAAAAUCUUCGUUGGAGGGCUGCCACCGUUCUUGAAUGACGAGCAAGUUAUGGAAUUGUUGAAGUCGUUUGGAGAACUGAGGGCGUUUAAUUUGGUAAAGGACAGCAUUACGGGGUUGUCAAAGGGCUUUGCAUUCUGCGAGUACGUCGACCCAACCAUCACGGACAUUGCAUGUCAAGGACUGAACGGGAUGGAUCUGAGUGACAAGAAGCUCGUUGUACAGCGCGCAAGCGUUGGAUCCAACAAGCUUGGUGGUCCGGGAAUGUUCCCUACGAUCAUGCCUCCCCAGCUCCUGGCCAACGCGGGUCCCGUAGAGCCGACAACUGUCAUAUUGCUGUUGAACAUGGUAACUGUUGACGAGUUGAAGGACGAUCAGGACUAUGAAGAAAUCAAUGAGGAUAUCCGCGAGGAAGUCUCCAAAUACGGAACUAUCCGUAACCUUACUAUCCCGCGUCCUGUGGAAGGCCAGGAAGUUGCUGGUCUCGGAAAGAUCUUUGUGCAUUUCGAAACCCUGGAAGAAAGCGCAGCAGCCCUCCGUGCCUUGGCAGGUCGGAAGUUCGCCGACCGUACCGUUGUCGCCGCUUACUACGAUGAAGCGCAAUACCUUGCUGGCGAAUACUAGAAGCACAUGCCUUGGUGUUUCUUCACAACGUCUGCAAUAACAAUGAGAGCUCUGCUGGGCGGGUCUGCGAAAGAGGGUCGUCCGGGUGGGGUUGGGUGAGGUUGGGGCCGCAACUAUCGGAUGUCCCGUGUGUCGAUGCGGCAUGACGUGCUCGUUGAGGAAGUUGUGUUGGGGUCCGAGUAGCUCGGAUGUCGUUGGUCUAUUGUAUAUAAAUCUCCCGCGUUGCAUUGGAAUGGUUCUGAAUAUUAGUGCAGGUGCAAAUGCAACCCUGGU